UGUGGGUGGUCCUUAAGGCCGCCAAAGCGUUUGAUGUUAAACGGCUUUUCCAGGUUUCUCUGUAUUGGAUAGGGGGUUAAGGUCGUUGUUGUGAGGAACACCUUUGUCCGGAGAGAAAAUGAGUUUAGCUCUGAGAAAUGAGCUUGUAGUAGACAAAACAAAAAGGAAAAAAAGGAGAGAGCUUUCUGAGGAACAGAAGCAAGAAAUUAAAGAUGCUUUUGAGCUGUUUGAUACAGACAAAGAUGAAGCAAUAGAUUAUCACGAGUUAAAGGUGGCAAUGAGAGCUUUGGGGUUUGAUGUUAAAAAAGCUGAUGUACUGAAGAUUCUUAAAGACUAUGACCGAGAAGCCACAGGAAAAAUCACCUUUGAAGAUUUUAAUGAAGUUGUGACAGACUGGAUAUUGGAGAGAGAUCCACAUGAAGAAAUAUUGAAGGCAUUUAAACUAUUUGAUGAUGAUGAUUCUGGUAAAAUAAGUUUGAGGAAUUUGCGACGUGUUGCCCGAGAACUGGGUGAGAAUAUGAGUGAUGAAGAACUUCGGGCAAUGAUAGAAGAAUUUGAUAAAGAUGGUGAUGGAGAAAUAAAUCAAGAGGAAUUCAUUGCUAUCAUGACUGGUGACAUUUAAAGAAUUUCAAGAAUAGUCGCUAACGAUGCUGCAACUUCCAACUUAGAAUCUAUAUUUGGACCUGGAGCC